GGAACCGCGUGGGGCCGCGGCCUGGCCGGGAGCGGCAGCCGGAACAAGCGAGCCCGGCCCGGCCCGGCCCGGGCGGGCAGCCGGGACAGGGCGGCCGGGGGACGCGGUUCUGGUAGGCUGGAGGAGGCAGCGCCGAGGCUGUUAGUGCCUGUCAGGCUGCAGGGCAAGUAAACAAUGGAGUCAGGCCUAACGGUGAAUGAACAGUCUAAAAGCCAGUUUAAGGCUUAUCAAGAACAACAGCAAAGGAGGCUGCAAAAUCUAAUGGAGAGGAAGAAGGAAAAGCAGAACAGUCAGAAGGGUGAUAACAGCAAUGGAAAGGAGAAUUUUGGAAUCCCGAAUGAGCUAAACCUGUUUGAAACAAGACAACCUGUAAAAGAAGACGACAGCAAAAGGUUGCUUGAGGUUGAGAAUGAGCAGCUCCAAGAUCAGCUUCGAGAGGUCCGAGAUGAGAACUGCAGGCUGUACAAACUGCUGGCAGAGAAAGAUUUCGAAAUAAAGCAGCUCCAGAAAAAAAUACAGGACAGAUUGGCUUUGUCAGGUUUCACUGGAGAUGCCGCAGCUACUAAGAUCGUUGAAUUGGCCAAAAAGAAUCGUGAGAUAACUGCAGAGAUUGAGAGUGAAAAAGCCAAAGUGAAGCAGCUGAAUAACAAAGUCAAAGAGCUGGAGAAAGAACUACAGGCAUCUGUGGAAAAAAUACAUUCUCUUGGUGGUUGCGAUGCAGGAAUCAAGCAAUCAACUCUGAAGAUGAUAGAAGGAAACUUGGCUGAAAGUCCAGAGGUGAAAGCACUGCAAGAAAAAUUAACCACGGCCAACUUUAAAGUGAUGGAAUAUCGUAACCAACUCCAAUCUGCAAAACAGGAGCUGAAGAUGACCCAAAAGCUUUUAGCAAAUGAAGUUGGUGAAGAUGUGAAUAUUCAAAGUCUCUUGACCAAUUCUGGCAGCUGGCGUGGACGGGCCCAGCAAAUUCUUGUUCUCCAAAGCAAGGUUCGAGAGCUGGAGAAUCAGUUGGGUCAAAACAAGACCAGAACAUCAGUGAGUGAGACUGAUGAGGAACUGCUGGCUCUUACUGAUCUGAGGAAGUUGUCAGCCCAAGAGAAGAACUUGCUGAAGAUUCGCAGCUUGGAAAAAGAGAAGAAAGAAACUUUGGAGAAACUCACGGGGGAACACGAUGCUCUCCAAAAAAGUCAUGAGGAAUUGAAAAAAAGACUUGACGCUUCAAAAGCCAGGAACAAAAUACUGUGCAGUGAAGUGAAAACCCUGAAGGGACAGAUCGUAACCUUGCUGGAGAAAGGAAAACACGACGAUGAGCUCAUAGACGCCUUACUGAGCCAACAGAAGCAAAUGCAGGAGAUCUUAAAGGACCUGAGCCAGCAGGAUGAGAAGAACAAGGAGUCUCAACAGGUGCUGGGGCAGCACUUGAACAGCGAGGUUCAGAAACAAAACUGCCUUAUAGAGCAGCUCCGACAGAUGGUGGCUGAACGAGAGGCAAAGGUUAAAGAGCUGGAAGAGGAGAUCAGGCAGCUUCAGAAGAAAUCUGCCCAUCAAGAGGACAGUUCAGGAGCAGCUGAUACACCUUCCGAGCACUCUGAAGAUCCAGGUUUUACUCUGCUGAAGCCUCUGGCGUCAGGCAGCAAUCAGUUUGGUAGGAUUGGAUCUGCUCGCACAGUGUCCAAGAUGGGCCAUAUGCUCGUAGAGUCGGCAGCUACUAAGCCUUCCCUUCUCAGUAACAACAUCUCACCUGGAAGGCUCGCUGGCGCUGACAGCCCGGACUGGAAAGCGCUGCAGACGCAGAUCGUGGAGCACAAAGCCCUGUGCCAGGCGGCUCAAGUGGAGAGGGACAGGCUCCUGGAACUGGUCGCUGUGCUGCAGAAAAGGGUGGAUGAAGGCAACGAGAAAGUCUUGGAAGCUGAGAAGAGGCUGCAGGAAGAGCGGCGGCGAUGCGUCGUUUUGGAACAGCAGCUGGAAAAACUGCAGAUGGAUCCGGGGAGGAACACGAGUGCACAGAAACCUCCCCUGAGGAGCAAAACAGGCCAGGCCGCCGGUCACUCGAGAGCCGUCGUGCUGCCGGGUGACAGACCGGAGCUCUCCGCAGCCCAGCUGGCCAAGCUGCCGCCCCCGGCGCAGAUACAGGAGCUGAGCACCAGGCUCGUGACGCAGCUGGAUGAGAAUGAAGCUCUAAAGGCCACUUUGGAGGCUACUGUGCGAAACAGGGAGGAAGACUUUAAACUGUAUCAGGACACAAUGGACCAAGUCAAGGAUAUUUUUUUACAGGCCAUUCGGCAGCAGAAACAAGAGGGGAGUUAAGCAAGCUAUUCAGAUUUCUUGGGACUGCAAAGCAGGGAGAGCCCGGGCGUUGUGCCCGUGAGUUGAGAUGCGGUGGCAGCGCAGCUCUGCAGCCUCAGAUCCCGUCAUUUCUGUAGCGUUUGCAGAAGAGGGUGAGAAAUGGAGGUGAAAUACAGGAAGGGUGAAGGUUUUACAUGUCAGCAAAUUCUGUAUGUGAGAGUUAGCGCUCAGACCGUAAAUUGGUGCAGUUCAGGGAGCUGCAACUCUGCGGGGUGAUUUUUGGGCAAAACCUCCUUAGUUCCAACAGAAUUUCCCUCGAGAGGGCUCGAUAUUCAAUAUGCUGCUGCGUUUAUCAGCUCACGAAGGAAUUUGCUGUGCAGAAGCGAUACCGGCUGCUUUCCAAAGCCGUGCCAGGAACAAACCCAGGUCUGUUUUUAUCAGCACACUGAUACCUGUCUCUGGGUUUCUGUAGCACUUCAGUGCUGAGAGAGUGGAUUAGCCUGGCCUGUGAAUAUCUGUGAGUGAACUUCGGGGGGGGUUUCCCUCAUUCCAACCUGUUUCUUUGCUUGAACGUACUGGCAGCAGAGUUUUCUGAAAUGGUUUCCGCUGAAAAGGUGGACUGUGCAGAUUACCCCUGCAAACAGUCAGACCUACCUCAAAUUGAGCUCAUUCCAUGCAAAACUCACCAUCCGGGUUAUGAAUUCCUUAUUUCUGCGUCUCUGCGUUCAUCCGUCAGGUUCUUGCCGACAAAACGCAGGCAUCGCUGCAGCAGCAAGGGGACUUAUGGAGACGCUGAAAGCCUUUGCAUCGCUGUCCUUUCCUCUUGCAGCAUGGGGAGAACACCAAGCGCAAACUAAUAAGGCAUUACCAUGCAGCUGCCAGCGCCGAGCCGGCCGUGGGGGUUACCAAACCGAGAGCUCGUCAUUUUUGCAUAGCACUGCUUUGUUUCUCCGUUGGAAGCCUUGAAAGCUCUUCUUUCUCCACUUUGCUUCCUCAGCGUGAAGUUUGUCGGGCUUUAACCCCACAAAGCGGAUCUGUGGACGGACAAACUGCCGCCCCCUUCCCCAGGUUUGCGUCCUGACUCCACUUGGGCUGAGAUGGGGCAGAAUGAAAAAGAAAGCGGAGCAGGAGUUACUCCAGAUGCAAUGAGGGUGGUGUCACCCUCUCUUUUUCCUGCUUAUGUCUCUCUUUGAACAGUUCAUGGGGUCCCUGAUAUGGGAGGUCACGGAGUUGAGGUUAAGCUCGGCCUAUAGCUCGGCAAAGCUGUCAGGUAUCUCGCCAAGAAUAUGGUUCAUUGCCAAAUUCCUCCCGCUCACCUCGCUGAUAGCAUCAGAGGAAAAGGCAUCUUGCAACCCUCAGUCUUCCCAGCAACACGAGGAUUCAUAAAUCCCGGAUCGAGACACAGACACGGUCUCAUCCAGGCGAGCUGCGGUUUGUUUCUGUUCAUCUUGAUUAUGCAGCAUGAGGUAGAACAGAUGAAAGAGACCAGCCCACCUUGGACAGGUAUUUUACAGCAGCGAGCGGAUCCCUGAGCUGUGGAGAUUUUGCUCCGCAGUGGCUGCUGAAUUCAGGCUGGGAGUUUGCAGCUGGACGUUCUGAUUUCGCUGAUACAGGAGUGCGAAUCAAUAACAUUUUCACAUGGAAAAGCACAGGAGAGGCAACCUGCCAUCCUUUCUAAUACCCGCGCAGGUUUGUGAAGAUCAUUCAGCAAAAUCCUUCCUGGGGUGGCUGUGGAUCAACCCAUGAGAUGCAGAAAAGAAUCUGGGAGCACCUUAUGUUACAGGACAUGGUGCCGACCUCUUCUCAAGUGCUGCAACACUCAUUUCUUUAAACAUAUGCAUCUUCUCUUUUCUCUGCACAAACACACAGACCACCAGCCACAGUGAUAAAGAAUGAACCAAGAUACUAUAAAAUAGUUUAUUUAGAGAGCCUGUGCCUGUAAUUUAACUGUUCCUCAUGGAAAAGUGUGACGUCUCCCAUCACAGAGCAGUGGGGGGUCUGAGCACAGUCCAAAUUGCCCAGCUCUUCCCAGUUUUCACCUUAGUUUUGAAAUAAAUCCCCUUUGCGCCCCCACAGCCCUGCCUUUGGAUUCUCCCUGUGCUGACUCUUGCAGCGACCGCUUCCCCGUUUUCAAGGUACGAGACCAAUUUUCAUGUCGUUUUGUUGCCCUGACAGAUCUUGGAUCAGCAGCCCCAUGUGUCCCAACCCAUCACCCAGAGCAUAAAAACAGUUAAAAUACUUUUCUCUGUGCCUGUAGAAACCCACACAGCUGCUCCUCAGCCACAGAAUCACCCCAGCGCGCUUGAUGUCUUGUUUGAGCUACAACAUGUAUUUUAGGGAUGUAACCGGGCUUGAUCUGAAACCUCCCACAACCCUCUGCUUUCCGUGGAAUAUUGUCCUCGUGGAUAAUUACCAGCUGGUUAAAAAUCCCCUGUUUUGAUUCUUGUUUUAAUUUCUCUGGCCUGAGUUUGCAGCCAGUCACUGUUACCCCUUUCUUCUCCAGAUAAAAGUGGUAUGAGUACCCAAAUUUCCUCGCUGGUGCUGCCUUCAUCCAGUAUAAGCUCAGCUUUCUGAUACGCCCUGCGUUUUUUCAGUCUCUCCUUGUAGCUAAUGGUGCUGACAAGGUACUGGUGACAAUGGCACAGGCUGGUGGAUACAGUUAAACCAUGAAGAACAGUGUAAGAUUAAUUUUGUUGAAAGUAUUUGAGGUUGUGGACACUCCUUGUUAAGGUUUGACAGGUUUUUAGCCCGUGUUUGCUGAGAAUACGAGUCCUCCGAACACUUAGGCUGAGCCUAAAAUUGUCUCUGACGCUGGAGCGGGGCAGAGCCCUUCCACAAAGCAUCCCGAGGGAUGCGGCUGAUUUUAAAAGCACAAAACCACUGGGAAUAAAUGACCUUUAAUGAA